AUGGCGUCCCAAGUUGUUCAACGCAUCAGCGUCCGGUGGCUACCGGAACCGGCCUACGAAGACACAAACACAAUCGCACUCAAUGUGGGGGGAUACUUCAUCGACUUUCGCGUUGAGAAGGAAUCGCAAGCCAUUCAAUGGAGUCGGGCUGGUGAACGGAUUCUCUUAAAGGAUGACCCCCCUACAUAUCGAUGGACUCAUAUCAUUGACUCGCUCGACCUCACGGUACCCGAUGAAGCCUAUUUCAACAAGCUAUCCAAUGGUGAUGACAUUGAGAUUGGAAGCACUCCGUGUCCGCACAAAGACGGUGCGGUGACAGAAUACGAGGAAGUAUGGCGAGAUAUUACUCCCAAACCACUAAACGCAUCUUCGUGGAUUUUACAAAGCCAAGAUGGAAUGACCUUUGUUGGGAAGGUCGGCAAUGUCUAUCUGGCAAUAAAGAAAGGUGCAGAUGGUUCAUUCUUGGCGCGGAAGGAUACUCUGAACUUUUCAAGCAACUCAUGGGAGAAUGUGUUCAGGUUUGACAACGCCAGUGUUCUUCCACGAGCAGAUGAUGCGAUCAAGGCUGUCGAAGCAGCAGGACGAGACUUGGAUCGAGGAAGUAGCCUCCAAAUAGGUGAGGAUGGAUUUAUAGUUCGCGCUUUCAAGAAAUAA